AUGACGAGCUCCAGCUCCAGCUCCAACACCAAUACCAUCACACCCAUCACCUCCCUACCCCCCACAACAAAAACCAAAACCAUCCCAUCUCUCCCCCCUAAUUUCACAUUCGCCCCUUCAACUUUAUACAUACUCCUCGCGGACAUCGGUUGUGAAUCUUUAUUUCACUGGGCAUACCUUCUUACUUCUCCUCCACCACCCGCUACUACUACCCCCUUUCUUGCUCCUGUAACUGGUACUAUUUUCCACAUAACCAACUCCACCCCCUCCACCAACUCACCCUCCACCCCCCACCAAUGGACCCACCAAUCCCCCACCAUCCCCCUCUCCACCCUCAUAAAAUUCAUCCCCAGCCUCCUCUUCAUCCUCCACAUCCAACCCAUCGACCACAUUCUCUGCCCAGCUCUCAAACAGCGCUUGGGGGUCUUGGGGCUUCGGGCUCAACUUCGGAGUUUGGAGUUGAUGAUGCCUUUGCCGGGAGGGAUUGCUGAGUCUGAGUUUGAGUUGGAAGGGAGGUUAGAGCUGAACGUAUACGAGCCACCGGAAUUAAAAGAGAGGGAUGAACAUAAAAACGCAAACGCAAACGCAAACCCAAACAAACCCACAAACGAAAAAGAAAAAGAAAUCACAAGCAAAACAUGGACGAAAGAAACCCUCUACACCCUCGACGAAGAAGGCUAUAUAACCUUCCCCGAAACGACGAACCCCAAGACCGUCGUCGAUGGGAUAGAAGCGGAAGCUGUUGCUGGCGCGGGAUGGAAUAGGAUGAGGGGGACUGUGGGGUUUGAGAAGAGUGCGUGGGUUGGGGAGUGA